UAUCACAUAUGACAGAAAUUGUGUCGGUAAGGAGGCGCAUGCGCAGAUGACUUCACAUCAACCGUGAGUUCGACUGGCAAAUAAAACUCGCGCUGGCGGAGUCCGCUGGAAUUAGCCUACUGUAGUCUGUGGCACCGAAACUCUCCGCUUCCUCAGUGGACGCCUGAUAACUGGCUCUCAUUACUAACGAGACACAUUUAACUGUCUUGGCAUCUUGUUGGGAGUUGGAUAAGAGAUGACGGGUCCCUAGCGACGCUAAAGGGUGGCCUGAAUCUCGACCAAAGAGGAAUAACACCUGAAGACACCAUCCGAAGUUGGCAUGAAGCAGCGCGCUUCGUAACGCAUUCAAUCUAAGGAGAUUUAUGUCCAGGAUUAUAGCUCGGAUUCUCUCAAAUUUCUCCCGUAUGACUAUAUCUUGAAUAGAAGAUCCACCUGGUUCGUUUGAAGUGUUUUGGAAGACAGUUUGUGUCGUGAUGAACUCCAGGCGCAUGUUGGUUCCAGCAGUGGUGCUGUCCAGCGUCCUGCUCCUUCACAUCGCUCCUUUGUGUGUUAAUGGUGGCAGUUCAUUUAUCUCCAAUUCUACUGGCACUAAUUCCUCAGACCUGAAUGGGGUGGGGCUUAAGUCUGCACUUCCUGGUGAAGUCACACCUAUUGCCCAGGCCCAAAUUCACUCUCGAAAACCACGAGCUGGAGAAGAGUCAGGCAGCGGUGGAGAAACCUCAACCAGUACUGUUGAUUCAGCCGAAAGGGAACGCCUCAUUGAUCUGAUAGAUGGCAUGGGUGCCCGGCUGCCCACGCUGGCUGAACCCCGGACACGUGGCCUGUCCCAGCUGGAUUUUAGCGAGGAGAGAAUCGAGGACAGCGCCCCACGCUGGAAGAGUGAGAGACUACAAGCAGAUGGGACGUUGUUAGAUCCUGUCAUGAGUCCUGCUCCUGAGUCCACCUCUUCCCAACCAGAAGAAGUUAUCACGGUGAAUUUUUACAAUCCUUCUCACCAACAGCAUGUGCUUGAUCCUCCUGCUUGGUUUCAGGAGCUCCAGGGUGGAGAUCCAACUUCCUGGACCCUUUCUGAUUUUUAUGAUUAUCUGUCACCUGACUAUUCACCCACUGAAGUUUACCUAGAGGAAAGCCAACCAACGCCACCUGACAUGGAAGAUGAAAAUGUUCCUCUCAUAGCCAGCGCAGUUCCCUCCAACACUAGAGUUAUCACCUCUGAUGAUGGAUCUGGAGAAACUUCACCUGGAGCAUCAGAUGUGCUCAACUCUGGUUGUCUCUAUGGAUUUGUGCAUUAUAAUGGCACAUGUAUCUCGUCAUGCGACAUCUUCCCCAGUUACUGCUUCAAUGGAGGACAGUGCUAUGUGGUUGAUGGUAUUGGAGCUUUUUGCCGGUGUAACAUUCAGGAGUAUAUCUGGAAUAAGGGCUCCAGGUGCGAGUCGGUCAUUUCAGAUUUCCAAGUGAUGUGUAUUGCAGUGGGCGGAGCUGCCAUCAUGUUGCUCCUCCUCUUCAUGGUUGUAGUCUUUUUCUCCAAGAGGAUGCACGUGCUUAAGACUGAAAACAGACGACUUUGCAAGCACAGUAAGUUCCGCCCAAAGUCGGAGCAGCACAUCGAUAACUUCUCGCUGUCCACCGUCGCAGAGGGCUCUCAGGCAAAUGUAAGGAAACUGUGUGACACCCCGACUAACCUCCCCCAUGCCCGUGCUUUGGCUUACUAUGAUAACAUUAUGUGUCAGGAUUGCACUUGCAAAGAAGAUCCAUGCAAAUGUCCCCCUAAAGAGGACGAGUCUUUGAACAACCAGAACUCGCUCACGCCAAAACUGGAAAAUGACAAGGCCGCCACAGAAGACAAUGCGGAGGAGGGUGGUGUGACCAUCGACUUAGAGUUGCUUCUCCCCAAAGAGGUGAAAAUGCUUCCCGAGACAAGCCCCCCACUGCACUACAACGUCUUUCUCUACAGGCUCCCCAAAUCCCCUAAAAAGUCCCCCGUGCUGUGCCGGCCUCCUGGCAGAUCUGUACAGGGGAGACCUCUGUCCCAGCUCUGCCCCAGACGCAGCUCCGAACCCAGCUACAGCCCCAUUAGCACGCGUUCCCUUCCGGGAGUGCUGUCCGGCUCAUCCAGCCCUCACCUGGACACGGUCUACACACCUUAACACCAGUGCAAGCUUCAACACUGACUGAUGUACAACUAAACAAAUGGCAAAUUUAUCCCACAUGCGACUUGACCGUGACAAAUUUAAGAGACACUGAUUGGUAAUGAGUGAGAGUCUUGUGGAUGAACAAGACAUCAGUUGGGAGGCAGGUUAAAAGCAUUGGCCUUGACAGAAACAAAAGCACACAGCAGCACAAUAAAGGUUAGUAGAUGAUAAAUGGUGAGAUGAAGUAGAAUUGUUGUGCAACAGGAGUAUAAAGGGAAAAGAAGUCAAGAAAUUGUUAAUUUGGUAUUACAGAAACAAACAUUGAUGUCAGAUGUGUUAUGGUGCCAAGUUUUAUGUUUUAUAUUUUGUCAAACAGCACAUUCAUAUUCAUACAUAUGCAUUCACAGAAAUGAUGGAACCUGUAAACAUUCAGGGCAAACAAACAACUUGAUAACUAUUAUUAUUAACAAGGUGCUUUUUGUGUUUUUAAUGUUAGAUUAAUACUUUCACUAAGAAUAAAGAAUUUUAGAAUUGUUUAGAUCUGACAUUGUUGUUAUUGGUUCCUAGGACAAAAUGGGGUCAUUUCUGAAAAGACAAAAAAGAAAAAAAAAAGAAAUGCAAGUGGUGGUUGCUAUUUUCCAUGGAAGCCCAGAACCACAUUGUGAAGGGAAAAUUUGGGGUGGAACAAAUGUCUUGAAUUUUUCCUGAGCCUAUGUACUAAGAAAAAAUUCACAGCGAGAGAAAAAAAAAUCUCUUCAAUUUUUUUUCUACUGAAAAUCUUUUAUCUUUUUUUCCUGUCAAAAGGCAACAUGAGAGAAAACACAAAAGCCCUGAACUUCAACAUGAAAAACAGUGUUAGUUCCUUGCUCAGCCUACAUCCUAAGAAUUUGUUCUUUAUCC